GAGAGGUUUGGGUGGUACGUAGGUCCUGGGUUCGAUCACAAGCUCAUUGUAAAAAAAAAAAAAAAAGUUCAUUUCAUCAUCAUCUCAUCAUAUAGAUAAGCAUGGAGGCGCAAACGAGGGCGGAUCUUUCGCAAAGCAGAGUAUCAACCCCGGGGGCAUCCGCGGAAACUUCUGAAAAGCAAAGGACUAUUUUAUUUAAUUAGUUAAUUAAUAAAUACUAAAAAUAGAAUAAAGUGUUUUUGCUUUGCAUCAUCAUCGUCUAGAUUCUGAGUCAAUGAAUCGCUCUCUGUUGCUGACAUUCUCUGUCAUCACUGACUCAAUCAUCCAUUGACGAAUUUCGGUUACUUUUAUAGCGGGAAAAGGAAAACGGAUCAAGUAGAUUCAAAAUUUGACUACAGUGAUGGGAGUUUCAGAGAAUUUCAAAGGCUUGAUACUUGCAGUGUGUUCUAGUGGAUUCAUCGGUGCUAGCUUCAUCUUGAAGAAGAAAGGUCUUAAACGUGCUGCUUCACGCGGUACUCGUGCAGGGGUUGGUGGUUAUACUUAUCUACUAGAGCCACUUUGGUGGGUUGGCAUGGUAACAAUGAUUACUGGGGAAGCUGCAAACUUUGUGGCUUAUAUUUAUGCUCCGGCAGUUCUGGUUACUCCUCUUGGUGCACUUAGCAUCAUUGUUAGUUCUGUUUUGGCCCACUUUUUGUUAAAGGAACGACUUAACAAAAUGGGGGUGUUGGGAUGCAUAUCCUGCAUUGUGGGAUCAAUUGUUAUUGUCAUCCAUGCACCACAAGAGCACACUCCAAAUUCUGUCCAAGAAAUAUGGGAAUUGGCCACUCAACCAGUAUUUAUGCUUUAUGCGGUCGCAACAGUUUCAGUAGUUAUGGCCUUGAUUUUGAAUUUUGAACCUCGAUAUGGACAAACAAACAUGCUUGUCUACUUGGGAAUCUGUUCAUUAAUGGGCUCACUUACGGUUGUGAGCAUAAAGGCCAUUGGAAUUGCAAUCAAGCUUACACUUGAUGGAAUAAGUCAGAUAGGUUAUCCUCAGACUUGGUUUUUUGUUACAGUGGCCAUAAUAUGUGUCAUUACACAGUUGAAUUAUCUUAACAAGGCCCUGGAUACAUUCAAUGCAACAAUUGUUUCUCCUGUAUAUUAUGUGAUGUUCACAACUCUUACAAUUAUUGCCAGUGCAAUAAUGUUUAAGGAUUGGUCUGGUCAGGAUAUCAGCAGCAUAGCCUCGGAGAUAUGUGGAUUUAUCACCGUUCUGACAGGAACAAUAAUUUUGCAUGGGACUAAAGAACAAGAGGAAUCUACUAGGAAAGGGACCUUGACAUGGUUUAUGAGUGAAGAUUCUGCAAAAUGCGUUGAGGAUGAACACCUGAUUGUUAUAAAUGGUUCGGAUUAUCUUGAAAAUUGACGUUUCCUUUUGGGGUUGAUGUUAGAGAACAUAUUCUAUCAGCAACAAUACAAUGAAACGUGCAUGUCCAUGGUCAUGAUGUGGUGCAUUUUUGAAGUGGGGAUUCCUUGUCUUUGAUGCUAUAGAUUGAAUUCAAGUACUCCAUGGUACUAUAGUUUUCUGAACAUUUCUUUGCAGGCUGUUCUAAUGUAACUAUUAUUCUUUGGAGUCAUCUCAAAGCACGGGUGACCCGCAAAGUCGGAUUCGACGGCUGAAUCAUUUUCCAACUGAACUGGGGUUUGGGGCUGCAUUGCAGUCUCAUUGCAACCAUUGAGAUUUUUGGACUGAUCUUGUUGUAUGUUGUAUUGUUCAGGGUAGUCAAAUGUAAUUUUUUUUUUUUUUUAUCUCAACGCCAGUUUAAUUUGGUUCGAUGUCAGUUCUAUUUUAAUAUUUCUGUAAAAAGUGAGCAAUUGUUUGUAUGAUUCAAUCUCCCUAUAUUUUCUCAUUUAAGAAUUAGAUAUUUUAUUCAUUUCUUUUAUUAGAUGUAAUAAUCAUAUUGAA